AAUGUCAUGGUGGAGGAGCCAUUUUCUCGAGACGUGGACGGGCAACCAUCUCCCUCUUACCCGUCUUCACGCCAUAAAUGAUGGUGAGCUGCUGUGGUGAAACUCAUCCCGUCAUUGACCUUAAUAAAGGUGAGAGGCCGCAGCAGCAGCAGGCGUUGGUGGUUCCCAGGAGGAGGACGACGAGAAGCAGGGGAAUCUGAAGAUAAUGGAGAUGCAGCCGCCACUGUGGAGGAGGAUGAGAUUCACCUUCAGGAACGCCACUAUGGUCAUCUGCUCCUUGAAUCUCGUCACCGCCCUCAUAUUGCUCCACGGCUUCUUCAACUCCUACUCCCGAUCCGCGGUGGCAGGAACCCAACCCAAUUCAGCAAUACUGCAGCACAUUAGGGAAUGUGAGGAAAUGCGACUUGCAAUGCAACCCUUGGAGCUUAUAAAAAGAGUGAGAGAAAUCCAGCAAGAGGCAUAUGUAGAACCAGAAGCAGUCUUGCAGAAGGGUACCAAGCAGGCUGCUGCAGUUGAUCUCUCCAAAAGACUGAAGGACUUCCGGUCCUUUAGUGAUGCAACCAACUUGAAAGCACUGGAGGAAUGGCGUAAGAGGAAAAUGGAACGAGCUCGGCAGCGACUGCGGGAGAAAAAUGGGACCACUGCUCGACUGUGACACAAUUUCUAUGGAGUUAGAAGUGUAAUAUAUAUCUUGGUAAUGCCAUUAAUAACUUUAUGGAACCUCUUAGAGCAUUCGGUAUACUUCACUUAUUAUGGUUAUGCUUACAAAAUUGCGGUGUAAUGUACAAAAUUGUGAUGUAAUGCACUAAUUAUAUACAUAAAGGGGUAAACAUUACAGAAUAUUCACGUUGUUUCAA